CGUCUAAUGAGUAUAAAAAUUUUGAAUUCCUAUUUUAGUUCUUAUAUGCACAAUGUCUUCUACAUAAAACGAGGAUGACAUUGUAAUUUGUGUUUGAAUACUGGACUCUGAGUUUUAAUUUCAUUGCAAUCGUUUGAAUAGUGACAGCUUUAUCAGAAAUAAUAAGAGAAGCCUUUAGUUUAACCAUGUAAAGAACGAUAAAAAAGUCGGAAAAGAAAUGAUUGUGUGAAUGAAAUCAAUGGAUUACAUUCCUGGCUGUUGAAACGAUACUAAAUCUGGUUGUGAAAUUAAACGGAAAAUUCAGCAAAACACUCGUCUGACAGCGCUUUAAUACGUUAUUUACUGCUGUCGAUAGAAAGACCCGCCAAUACUCAUUGAGUAAAACCGCAGCGCACACGGACGUGAUGCGGGGGAUGCAAGACUAGCCAUCAUGAGUGACGUAUUCCUCACGGUGAGCGUCCAGGCCCCCGAGCCCUCGGGCUCCAAGCGGCUGAGUAUGCUGACCCCAGUGGUCGAAGACGACGAACGAGACCCGGAUGUUGAAACGAACGUACCAUCGCACCCGGAGUUCAUUAUUGGUGACGAAGGAAAGCUUUUUCUAACGGAGCAAAACCAGACAGAGAAAGAUAAUUUAAGAGAAGACACUGGUGAAAUACGCGUGUCACCUUCAGACGAAAUCGGCGAGGACGGGGACUUUGUUGAGACUAGGAAUUUUACGAACAGAUUAAACAGUGAUGGUGAACAUUUUGACGAGAUAUACACGGAUAGUGAUGACGGGGAGUCGAGUGGUGCCGGAAGUGACUCCAACGAAGACGAUUAUGAAACGGACCUCGAGUUCGACGAGGAGAAAUGGCUUUACCCGGAGCGGUUCGACCUUGACCUCACAGGUAAAGCCAAGUACAUCAAGACCUGCGAAGAGAUGGGUAUCAGUCCGACGACCUACUUCAUCAAGCAUAUACAGGACCGAGAGCUCAAGAUGAAAUUUCACGGCCUGGGGCCACAGCGGAUGAAAGCCUUAGCCGUGCCACUACAGACGAACACAAACAUCGAGAUACUCAAUCUGGAGGGAAAUGCAAUCGACGAGGAUGGUGCAAUAUGUCUCACGAAGGUCCUCCGGGAAAACUUCUUCAUCACAGAAUUAUUGCUGGCGGCGAACAAGCUGGGGACGGAGGGCGGCAAGGCGAUCGCGGAAAUGCUGAUAAACAACCGGAACCUCUACAAAGUGGACCUCACCGGAAAUGAGAUCGGAGAUGGUGCGGCGCCAGUUUUCUGUGAAGUGCUUUAUAACAACAAACUACUAAAGGUGCUGCUGCUAGGCAACAACUCCUUUGAAGACGAGGGCGCACGCCAGUUCAACGCUGCCAUAUCGGACAACACGACCCUCGAGGUUCUGGACCUGAGUUGGAACGCCUUCAAGAACCGGGGCGCCAUUCUGUUGGCAGAGGCGAUACAGGAGAACGUGGGUCUGAAGAGUUUCAACAUGGCGAUGGCUGGCCUGGGUCAGGAAGGGGCGGAGGCGAUGUCCCGGGCCCUCAGGGAGAACCGUACCCUGCUGGAACUUGACAUCUCACUCAACCGCAUCAACAUGGAGGGCGCCCAGGCCAUAGCUAAAGGUCUGAAGGACAACGACACACUCAAAGUGCUCAAGAUCGGCUCCAAUCCGUUUGAUUCCGAGGGUGCCAUGGUGAUAUUGGAAGCCGUCGAUGUGAACGACUCGUGUGUGCUCAAACUGCUGGAUUUCAGCAACAUUAUGGUGAAGAUGAACUUCGCUAAGCUGCAGUUCCGCCUACAGGACGAACGAGACAUCAAAGUGGUGAACGAGGGCGUCAUACCGGAGUUCUGUCGUACCAGCAGCGCCAGACACACAGCGUUCCGCGUGGAUCCUGUGGGGACAUUCAAGGCGAACGCAGACAAAGCGGAAGUGGAUCUGGGCGAGAUCCUUGUUCCUUUCGUGGACGGGGACUACACGCUCGAUAUUAAGGACUUUAAGACGAUCAUUAAGGGUACCAGAAUCAACCUGACUGACGACCAAGUGAACAUCGUGGCGCUACGGUUGUCACAGGAAGGCCGCGUGCAAUGCAGGAUGCUUUUCGACAUUCCCGACGAUGCCGGCGACAGGAGAAAUAGUACUAGCAGGAACGAGACGCCGUCGUCGGACCGCUCUUCGGCAGAGCGAUCGGCAAAAUUGGGGGCCACUAAAGCGUCCUUGGGUCGCGUCGCCGUCAAGUAACGCCGGCGUCAUUACGCUGUGACGUCAUCUGUCAUGACCCAGUGGUGGCAGAAGUACAUAGUUACAACUGCCGUGUCGGUAGAUUUACCGCACAUGUAUAAAGACGCCUUCGUGACAGUCGACCAUUCAAACCCCCAAUCAAACAUUUUGGUUCAUAUUAGUACUAUUUGAAUAUGAUACUGCUGAACAGUUUGGUGCGAUGAAAAUAAUCACUCGCUAUAAACAGUUAAUUCAUAUUCAGGCGGCUGGAUUGAUCUGGCUUCUGGCGAGCAAUAACGAGCAUAUAGCUUAGUUCACACGUAUGUGCUUUAUUAAGUUUGAAUGCCAGUUCCUCGGAAUCAUAAACUAUUGCUAUGUAUUUGGCAGAAACCAUCAGUUUAAUCAUGAGAAAUACUGUUACAUUUAUUAAAUGGUAGUAUACGGACCCAAUGUCGAACAAAGCAUUACCUUAUGGACGUCUUUAUAAAAGAUUGUUAAAUUAAGUCGGAGUUUAUGGUCGGACAAUACACAAUUACGAUGGUUUCGAUAAUGUGUGUUAUGUCCGAAUUAAAGAUAUUUUAUAUUUGUAAGUUAUAUGUUUUGCUACAUUUGAAGAAUGAUUGUAUUAAGAUUUGAUUCUGCACCAAAACAAACACACGAAAUGCACAUGGUUUCAAAUUGUGUAAUUGAAGAAAAGACCUCGUGUUGGUCAUCUAAGCGCUUUUAUAGUAGAAUGUGUUCUUACAACUGUCCAACGUCAUCCUUGAUUCGUUCGAUACAAUGUACAUGUACAUAUGUUUAUUGCAUGUUAUUAUCUUUAAAGAAAGAAUACAAAUGUUAAACUCAA